GCGCAGGGAUCUCAACUCUUUGGGUCCGCUGUGAAUGAACUCUUCCAGACACUUUUGAUCAUCCACGCUGUUAAAAACACACUGGCAUCUAACUUCAUCUCCGUCCGUCGAUCCAGAGGCGUUUGUUAAAGACACAUGGACUGUUGUGUCGGUUUUUACGUCUGAAGAAAGAAAUAACGAUAGGACUAUUUUAGCUUUAUUUUAGGCCGAAAUUAGUUGACAUCUUUUGUCAUAUGAAGGAUAUGGGCAGAUGUGGAAAUGUUGCGUUUUGUGCGAUGGUGCUCUACUACUGUUCUCUCAUUACAGGUGAUUAUCUCUGCGUGUCAUCUGCGGCUGACGUGUCUUCAUCAUCUCACAGCUCUGUGAAGAGAAGAAACGGCGUGACUGAAGUCAGCAUGACCUCGAGCCCCGGCAGCGAUCAGACGCAGUCCUCCAGUAACAUCACCAAAAGCACUGAGCCCACGCCGCACACAGACACAACUACAGUAAUGUUGGUGAACUCAUCUGCCCCGACCGAGAACGUCACAGACAGUCGAAACGUCUCUGAUGUGUCACCUGUGAUAAAUGAGACAGCAGUUACCACGGUAAAACCUACCACACUCCCACCAUCAACGACCCACGAGCCCACAAGCAGCAUCCACUUCAGCACGCUCCACCCGACAUCCACCACCACAGGAACCAGCGGAGCUCCAGAGUCAUCGAGCGCUCGCAGCAGACGGAGAUCCACCACAGAGAUGACAGCGAGCAGCAGUCCUGUCCAGACCAAAGCCCACGCAGACACCCCCUCGGCUCUCAACGUCCCAGACCACGACAAUAGCAAAGUGUCCGCUGACCCGCUGCUGGCUGGACUGGUGUCGGCGUUCGUCAUCGUCGCUGCCAUCGUGUCGGUCCUCAUAUUCCUCAAAUUCAGAAACACAAGUGAUGGCCCAGAGUUUCGCAGACUUCAGGAUCUCCCCAUGGACGAUAUGCUGGAGGACGCGCCUCUCUCCAUGUACAGCUACUGAAAACCCAGAUGUUCCUCAGACAUCUUCAGAGAGCCCAACAUCCUUUGAUCAACACAACACAGACACAAUUAAAUUAGCUUCACAAAGGCACAAACACUCCUGUUGUUUCUGUUACAGGACUAAAUGUAGCAUCUUAUUCUACUUUAGUUGUUAAAUUCACUGUGUCCGUCAGUUCCUGUUCGCUGGGUUGUUUUCUUGCACUUUAGGUUUGGGAAGGAUUGUGUGCUGCGGGGAUAUUAGGGAGCUGUUUUUGGCUGUAUGUGUUCAUUUGUUUCAUGCAUUGCAUCACUUGCUCACCAAUGGAUGCUUUGCAGUGAAUGGGUGCCGUCAGAAUGUGAGUCCAAACAGCUGAUAAAAACAUCACAAUAAUCCACACCACUCUGGUCCAUCAGUUAACAUCUUGUGAAGUGAAAAGAUGCAUGUUUGUUAGAAACAAAUCCAUUUUUAAGAUUUUUUUUACAUGUUUCUUCUGACUAAAAUAAGAGUCAUCUAUCUAUAAUAAUGCUUUCUACAGUGUGAAAGUCAUCUCAUCUGAAUAAGGAGAGAAAUCUGCUCAGGCCAAGCACCGUUUAUAAGAUACAGAUUUAAACAAAUAUUUUGGUGGAUUCUGAGAGGACAACAGAGGAUGGACUUUUUUUCACUGGAGGAAACAUUAUUAUGGACUCCUAUUAUGACCUGAAGCAAGAGUUUAAACACUUAUACAAACUGGAUUUGUCUCUUAAAAACAUGCAGCGUUUGGCUUCUCCAGAUGUUAAAUGAUGGACUGGAGUGGUGUGGAUUACUUCUGGAUUAUUGUGAUGUUUUUAUCUGACGGCACCUAU